AUGCAAGUGCCUCGACACCGGUCUGUCCUACGCCGUCUUGUGGCAAUCUACACACAAACCUUUGUUCGCUUUGGUCUGACUGCAAUAAUGAGUCCCAUCAUAUUGGGCGUCUCCUGCUACCAAAUUAUCUCCUGGGUGCGCAAUACCCCGCCGGAGCAACUGUCGGACACUUGGAACAUCGUAUACCUUCCCGGCACUACGCAGGAGCAGAUGGAGGCAUUCAGUCGACCGCAGGGUUGGAUGACUGCAACUAUUUCUACUGUGCCACUUUCGGUGACUUUCCUAACAGUCUGCAUCUUUCAAACAGGACAUGAGUUCCUGUGUGCGGACACUUUCGUUCAGCUCUUGACCCAACAGGUCUUUGAGCAGGCUAAAAAGCUAUCCGAAGAAAAGCACAUACCCAAUGAUGUCAAUUUUGUUGAAAACCCUUCGCUACAUAUUGCAAAACUCUUUUCACGCACAGUCAAAGCGCAGAGAACAGCGCAGUACCCCGUACUUCAAGAUGAUUUAGGAAACCAAAUAGUUUACGCUAAGUUGACCGCUGAUAGCUUCAAUGCGUUCCUAUCCAGAGCGUUUAAUGAAAACUCGGUCGCUGCACUUCCGACUAUCCGGGCUUGGAUGGGUGCCGUCCUCGAAACCAUAAGUUUUACCCUCUGGGAAGUGACUGUAGCCAUUCGCCGUUUUCGUCAUUCUCACAGUCCAGGACCAGAUGGCAUCACAGUCAGCCUUCUAAAGGCUGAAGCGAAUGAUAUUUUCCCGUCUAUGUUUCGUUAG